CUAUGUUCCUGGGCCGCCAGUCGCGUCACACUGUACUUCGGAGCUGUUCGGUAACUAUAAAUCUCCACUCCAGAUGUGGAGAUGCGUAGCACAAGAUUUCAGUUCAGGACCUCGUUUUCCAGGUAACGUGACUCCUUAGACUUUAGUUACACGCCGCUGAAGGUUGCCGCUUUCCUAGUCGCUUGACUCGUUUCGGAGAUCACAUAUGAAAUAAAACCCUGAAGCACUACCAUGGGAAAGAAGCGAAUAAAGGGAAGACAGGUGCAGUCAAAUGAGUCACUGGAAGUGCUGGAGCCUGUAUGCAAACACCUUCGCAAAGGAUUAGAACAAGGUCACCUGAGAAAGGUGUUGCAGAAUGUGGACUGGAGUGCCUGCCAGGAUUGCCGGUCACCGGAGAGUGAGACACAUGAGAAAUGUGAAGAGGAAGAAGAAGACAGGCCUUCAAUAUGGUUGUGUCUCAAAUGUGGCCACAGGGGCUGUGGUAGAGAUUCUAAAGAACAGCAUGCUUUAAAGCAUUAUGAAACCCCAAGAUCCGAGCCUCACUGUUUGGUGCUCAGUUUAGACAAUUGGAGUGUGUGGUGCUACGUGUGUAACAAUGAGGUCCAGUACAACAGUUCUACUCAAUUGGGCCAACUUGUGGAUUAUGUUAGAAAGCAAGCUCUUGUGAACAUCCAGACUCCACCAACAUCCAUAGAUGAAGAGAACAAACAGCUGGGAAAUAAGAAAAUAAAAGACCAUAGAAAUGAGGAAGAAAAGGAGAAAAAGGAGAUCUUGAUGAAGGACAACAACCUUCAUUUAAAUGGCAAUGUGGAAGUUACUGUGAAAGGUCUCAGUAAUUUGGGAAAUACAUGCUUCUUUAAUGCUGUUUUGCAGAAUUUAUCACAGACACCAAUUUUGAGAGAACUGUUGAAGGAGGUUAAAAUGGCUGAUUCAACACUUACCAUUGAGCCUCCAGAAUUCUCAAUAACAGGACCUCUGGUGGUUAAACUUGAUCAACCAAGACCCCUGACACUAGCAAUGUGCCAGUUUCUAACAGAAAUGCAAGAGACUAAAAAAGGAACUCUGAGCCCUAAAGAACUCUUCUCUCAGGUCUGUAAAAAAGCAAUACGUUUUAAAGGAUAUCAGCAGCAGGAUAGUCAGGAGCUGCUUCGCUAUUUAUUAGAUGGAAUGCGAACAGAAGAAAAUCAACGGAUGUGUGCUGGUAUUUUUAAAGCACUGAAUAAUCAUGGUGACAAAGAAAAUGAAGAGCUAAAGAAGAAAAUCAAAGAGUAUAAUAAGAGAAAGGCACUACAUAGCUUUGUGGAUCGUGUUUUUGGAGGAGAAUUAACAAGUACAAUCAUGUGUGAAGAGUGCCAAACUGUUUCUUUAGUAUUUGAAUCAUUCCUUGAUUUGUCACUCCCUGUCUUAAAUGAUCAGGGUAGUAAGAAGAAAACAAAUGAUAAAAAUAUUAAAAAUGUACAGGAAAAAGAGAUGGAAGAUGAAGACAACAUAGAGACUGACUGUUAUUUGAAGGAAAGAGAAGAGACUCCUGGGACCAGUAAACAUCUCCAGAAAAAGGCAAAAAAAAUGGCCAAAAAGCAAGCAAAGAAUCAGCGUCGGCAGCAAAAAAUUCAAGAUAAAGUGGUCCAUCUAACAGAUACUUGUGUCACAGAAAAAUCUGAAGUUGGUCAAAACUGCAAUAAAGAAACAGAAAGUAACACUGAGGUUACUGAUCUAAAACAAGAGGAAGAAUCUUUAAGCCAGUGUGUAGAGCACUGUGCAGAUGAAAAAGAAAACAAUGAUUGGCAAGAGGUAACAAAAGAUGUACAGAAUACAGAAGAAUGUAGUGAAAAUACAGAAUGUUGUGACCAAGAGGCAAGCAGUGAAGCUCUUACAGAUUUCCCCACAGAAGAUCUUGUUUCUUCUGUAGAGUGUCUGAAUAAAUUUAAUCACCUUUCUCCUGGGGAAGGGGAGAUCACUAAGGAAGAGAUGUCUACAGAAGACAAGAUUGCUAAGAAAGCAGAGGAAGUUUCUAAGGAAGACAAGACUGCUAAGAAAGAGGAGGAGAUUUCUGAGGAAGACAAGGUUUUGGAGGAAGACAAUGAGAUUUCUAAGGAAGACAGAAUUUCAGAGGAAGAUGAGAUUUUUCACAUCUUUAACAAAUUAUCCUUGGAUGCAGAGUCUGAUAAUAUGGAUAUCUCAUAUGAACUUGAUUCUGAUUCAAAAAUCUAUGAAGUAGUGAAUGAGGACUCAGAAACAGCAUUUUGUACUCUUGCAAACAGGGAACUGAUGAGUACAGAAGAAGGUUCAGUCCUUCAUUGUUUGUAUCAGUUUACUCGUAAUGAAAAACUCUGUGCAAAUAAUAAACUUCUCUGUGAUGUAUGCACACGAAGGCAGCUUUGUGGACCAAAGAAUUCUGCAACAAAUGCCAAGAAACACAUAUAUACUAAUGCCCAAAAGCAAAUGCUUAUUUCUCUUGCUCCUCCAGUUUUAACUCUUCAUUUAAAGAGAUUUCAGCAGGUUGGGUAUAAUCUACAAAAAAUGAAUAAGCACAUAAAAUUUCCUGAAAUAAUGGAUUUGGCACCUUUUUGCUCAGUUAAGUGUAAGAAUGUUGUAGAAGGCAGUCAGAGAAUAUUAUAUUCUUUAUAUGGUGUUGUUGAACACAGCGGUACUAUGAGAUCUGGCCACUACGUUGCCUAUGUGAAGACAAGAGCUGCCAACAACCAACUUUCUGAUCUUGUGCUCCAUGGCAAGAUUCAACAAACUUCAGGAAUAGAAUCCUCCAAAGGACAGUGGUUUCACAUUAGUGAUACCCAUGUGCAAGCUGUGACGGUGUCAAAAGUGCUCAAUGCCCAAGCAUAUCUCCUAUUCUAUGAGCGACUACUAUAAAUGAGCUACAUAACCCUUUUUUCAGCAGACUAAAUUAAAUGAAGCUCAGUGAUGCUGUUUCAAAACUAUUAUCAUGUUCAAUCUGUUGAAUACAGUGUACAGCUGUUAUCAAUUGCCUGCAUUUCAACAGAAGUUUACCCUUCAUACUUUUAAAUAAAAACGUUUCAAUAAAA